AUGACCAACAGGUGUAUCCUCCAGAUGGCUCUCCUGCUGUGUUUCUGCACCGUGGCUCUUUCCAGGAACUACAACUUGCUUCGGUCCCAACUAAGAAGCAGCAAUUCGGCAUGUCAGAAUCUCCUGCGGCAGUUGAAUGGGACCUAUUGCCGCGAGGACAGAAUGAACUUCGAGGUCCCCGAGGAGAUUGAGCAACCACAGCAGUUGCAGAAGGAGGACGCCGUGUUGGUCAUCUAUGAGAUGCUCCGGCAGACCUUAGGUAUUUUCAGAAGAAAUUUCGCUAGCACUGGCUGGAAUGAGACCAUCGUCGAGAGGCUCCGUGCGGAAGUCCACCUGCAGAUGGACCGUCUGGAGACAAACGUGGAUGAAAUAACGGAGAAGGAAAACUUCACCUGGGAAAACACGCCCGUUCCGCACGUGAGGAAAUAUUACGCACGGAUCGUGCAGUACCUGAAGGCCAAGAAGUACAGCCGCUGUGCCUGGACAACAGUCCAAGCGGAAAUCCUCAGGAACUUUUCCUUCCUUACCGGACUCCUAGAUUACCUCCAAAACUGA